UAGGAAGCCGUGGCCUUAUUAAUUUUUCUGCAUCCUUACACCGGACGAAAUAAAAGUUCCUCUUUCGACGACGUUCUUUCUGUGGAUCUUAAGUCGCGACAGUCCUCCGUUCUUCCUCUUGUAUCGGAAGUGACGACCGGAGCUGGCUCGCUGCGAAGUUUAAAGAUCAGUUUUCCUUCCUCUCAAGCUCUUUAAAAGAAAGUCGGAAGAAAAAAAUGCAGGCAUCAAGGGCAAGACUUUUUAAGGAAUACAAAGAGGUGCAGCGUGAAAAGUCAGUUGAUCCGGAUAUUCAGUUAGUUUGUGAUGAUUCAAACAUAUUCAAAUGGACUGCUCUAAUCAAGGGACCUUCUGAAACUCCCUAUGAAGGUGGAGUUUUUCAGCUAGCCUUUGCUAUCCCAGAGCAAUAUCCUUUGCUGCCUCCACAAGUGCGAUUUUUGACAAAAAUUUUCCAUCCAAAUGUGCAUUUCAAGACAGGGGAGAUCUGCCUAGACAUACUUAAGAAUGCUUGGAGUCCUGCAUGGACUCUCCAGUCUGUUUGCAGAGCUAUAAUUGCCUUGAUGGCCCAUCCAGAGCCUGAUAGCCCUCUAAAUUGUGAUUCAGGUAAUCUUCUUCGGUCUGGGGAUAUCAGAGGUUAUCAGUCGAUGGCAAGGAUGUACACAAGACUUGCUGCCAUGCCAAAAAAGGGUUGAAUUAUCCAAGUUGUCAUGAAGAAUUCCACAUGUAAAUAUCAGACAAAUGUUAUAGUGAUUUGGCUUGUCCUCCAAGACUAGUGAAAACAGAAGGAACUCUGUCCAUUUAUUAGAUAAACAUCUAUCCUGCUCUGAGUUCAGACUCUUUAACAUCCUUUUUUUUCUGGUGUUGGUCCAGGUUUCUAUGUACCAGGUUCAUGAAUAUGAUUACAUUCCUCAAAAAAAGGUAUUAUUAGUUAAUCCUUGCACAAA